GCAUGCGCAGUGUGGCUUGUCAGCUACUUCCUGAUGCAGAUUGGGUCACCGCCGUUCCGGGAGCCAACGUAACAUUUUUACUUUUUGUUUCGUAUCCCACUUAAAUGGUCGGAUUUUACCGGAGACGUCGUAUCAAAUAAUCUUUGUUAAGAUUGAAAUAGUCGAAGCCGACUUUCCCAAAUUAUCACUUUAGCUGAACACAGACAACGUAGCGACGUACAACACGGCAGCACCACGAGUUUUUCCUGCCAGAAUGUGUAAAGUCGGAAUCCUGAGAGAGUUAGUGAAACAGCGGCUAAAUGUGGCCGUCGAAGAGAUCUUCGGACUCGUCGAGAGUGCCGUCGCGGAGUACGAAGAUGAACUUUGUCGUACCAAAGAGGAGAACGAGCGACAACGUGAGCUGCUCGAGAAUGUUUGCAAGCAUCAUCAAGCUGGACUGCCCCCUGCAGACAUCCAGCAGGUGUUGGUGGAGAGUCGAGCGGAGGUUCCUUGUGACUCUAAGCAGGAGCAGCAGCAGCAGCAGGCGGAGCCAACGGAGCCUCCCUGCAUUAAAAAGGAAGAACUGGACGAAUGGUGCAAUCAGGAGGAAGCCGCCAUCAACACAUUGCCGGUGAGCGCCGACCCCGUGAAGAGCGAAGAUGGCGUCGUACGCAGUCAAAAUGCACCGGAGCCCGCGAGCACCGACCCAUUUGCUCCGGUGUCCGAUAUGGACGAGGCGACGUCAUCUGACGCCGAACGCGACGCUGCCGCCAAACCAGCGAAGGCUAAGAAGAAGUUGAGAAGACGUACGAAACGUCACAAUAACGACGACAACGACGACUUUAAGUGCCCGAAGUGCGGGAAGACGUUCGGCCACAAGGGCAGCUUGAAAAACCACAUGAUCACACACCCCGGAGAGAGACCCUUCGCUUGUUCCUAUUGCGACAAGAGAUUCUCCUUGAAGCAUCAUAUGCAGAGCCACCUGAAAAUCCACACAGGGGAGAAUCCUUUCUCCUGCUCGGUGUGCUCCAAAGGCUUUGCCGACAAGUACAAACUGAUCAUGCACACGAGAACGCACAUCGCCGUUAAACCCUUCACUUGCGACAUUUGUAAAAAGAGCUUCUCCAGCAGGAAAUGCCUCGCGUUGCACGUCACGACGCACACGGGGGAGGGAACGAGUCGUCCGGCAGACGGCAAUUCGCGAGGAGGAGACGGGCCCGCGAAAAAAAAGCCGCAGAGCAACAACAAAUUCGGGAAAUUGUUCAUGUGUUUUGAGUGCGGCAAAUCGUUCGUGCAUAAGGGCAACAUGAACCGGCACUUGCGAACGCACACCGGGGAGAAACAUUUCGCUUGCCCCGUUUGCAUCAAGAGAUUCCGGGACAAUUCGGAAAUGAUCAAGCACAUGAUGGUGCACACGGGGGAGAAACCCUUCCCCUGCUCCAUUUGCACCAUGCGCUUCCGUUACCGGCCCAGCUUGAUCAAGCACCUGAAAAAACACUCCGAGGAGAAGCAUUUCAUUUGCACGGUUUGUAGGAAGAUCUGCUCCAGUUUGGCAUCGCUCUUAUUGCACACGAGAGAACACUCGUCCGACACCUCCGGUCAAGACCCAAUCACGGAAGCCGACUUGCAAGAAUUCACCAAUGUCGAGGCAACGGAGCAAUCUCCCGAGGCGGGCGCCAAAGAACCCCCGAAGACGCGCGAUGACCCCAAAGAUGUCGACCCAAAGCGUCAUCGCUGCUUACAGUGCACCAAAACCUUCCACCGCAAGUUUCACUUCAUUCGCCACCUGAAAACGCACACCGGGGAGAAACAGUUCAGCUGCUCCGUCUGCCUCAAAGUCUUCUCUAGAAAGUGGGACAUGAAGACCCACAUGCUCAUGAAGCACACGGACGAAAGGCCCUUCGCCUGUCCCGUCUGCAACAAAGGCUUCGCCACGAAGAAGUACAUGACCUUGCACAUGAGGAGACACAGCGGGGAGAAACCCUUUGCCUGCCUGCUGUGUCCCAAACGCUUCAAAACCAAAGCGGAGUUGGAGAGGCACAUGAGGACGCACAAGGAGCGGAUGACGCGUGAAGCUUCGGGACCUUAAGAAAUCCUUUUGACGUCGCACACAAGCAUUGAAAUGAACGUUUUGUAUUUGAAGGGUGAUAUACGGCGACUUCCGCUCUUUGUGAAAUACUUAUGAUUGCCAACAUUCAUAGUUUAAAGACACAAAUAGACAAUCAUUGAUAGCUUCACAACACUUCUCAUUUCAAGAGACUAACAUGAGAAUUUAAGAACUUUAAAGUGUUGCUAUUAUGUAAAUAAAGUAUACCGUCAAGUAAAAGGUAUCUCUA